CCGACGUUUUACACUUUUCUCCCCGCUUCGUUUCAAACCCUAACCCCUCCCUCUCCGGUCCCCCUCCCAAAAAUUUGCCCUAAUCCCACCCUCGCGACGCGAAUUCUCCAUCGAAUUCGAAUCCUCGAGCUCGUGAUGCAUCGGUUCUCGCGGUGAUCGCGGAGGAGUGGGCGUAGAAGCGGUGGAUCUCGCGGUCGUGGCGCGAACUGGGGAUUGUUUGUGAACAAGACAUCUCCUUUUUGCGCUUCUUCGAGUUGUUUACGGCGAUUUCGACGGAUUGGGGGAAGAAUUUGCGUAUAAUAUGGCCAUGGAGUAUGAUCCUUCGGAUAGUAGCGGAACUGAUGAUGAUCUUCCACCAACAUAUCAGAACAGGGCUGCGAGAGGAGGGCGUGUCAGUGGAAAUGGAAGGCCAAUUGUUGCUGCUAGUCCAUAUCCAAGGGUACAAAAUGAUAUGGAAGUCCAAAUACAUCAGCUCGAGCAAGAAGCCUACAGUUCAGUUCUCCGGGCAUUUAAGGCUCAGUCUGAUGCCAUUACUUGGGAGAAGGAAAGUCUCAUAACUGAACUAAGAAAGGAACUAAGAGUGUCCGACAAGGAACACAGAGAACUAUUAAGCAGGGUGAAUGCUGAUGACGUUAUUCGAAGAAUAAGGGAAUGGAGACAGGCUGGUGGUACUCAAACUGGCCUGGCUAAUAAUCCUCAGCCGAAACAUGAUACCGUACCCAGUCCGUCUGUGUCAGCUUCUCGCAAAAGGCAAAAGACAUCACAAUCUAUACCUUCUCUACCUUUGCCAGCACCAUCUCCUGCAUUGCUUCCACAACCGCUUGCUCCUUCAAUGCAGCCGUCAUCAUCGGCUGCAAAAAAGGGAGCUCCACCAGGACCAAAGGGGAAAAAAACUAAAUCUGGUCAAAAGUUGCCUGGUGCAGCCUCAACAAAAUCCAUGCAGUAUCCUUCUGCUGGCCCUAGUGUAAGAGGCCAAGUCACAAACAGAAACUCUUCUGGUGCUCUUGCUGCUAUUGAACCCGCUGAAGCACCAUCAUAUGAUCCGCUAGUUGGGCGUAAAGUCAUGACGAGGUGGCCUGAAGAUAAUAGCUUUUAUGAGGCUGUUAUCACCGAUUACAAUCCAGUUGAGGGUCUACAUGCUCUGGUUUAUGACAUAAACACGCAGAAUGAAACAUGGGAAUGGGUCAAUUUAAAAGAGAUCUCGCCGGAGGACAUAAUGUGGGAUGGUGAGGACCCGGGUAUCAAUCAAUGGCCAGGACGUGGUGGUGCUCGUUCCGGGCGCGGUGGGGUUAAGAAGUCUGGUGGCCGUGGUGGUGCCAUUUCAGGUGCAGGAAGGGGAAGGGGAUCCCUUAAGAAUGCGAGAAAAGAUUUCCCUCCAACUCAAAAUGGCAUUGGCAAGAAGAACCCUGAUGACAUUGAAAUUCUUCACACCGAAACGCUUAUAAAGGAGCAGGUGGAGAGGGUUUUCGGUGCAAGUCAUCCCGAUCCUGUUGAGAUUGAGAGGGCAAAAAAACUGCUAAAGGAGCAUGAACAAUCAUUGAUUGAUGCAAUUUCUAGGCUCGCUGAUGCUUCGGAUGGAGAAAGUGACGGUGGGCACCGUUUCUCGCGUGGCCAGUCAAUGGAGCAAAACCGUGGGUGGAGGAACCAACCCUACACCGCAAAUAAGCAUGCAGAAGGUAGGGAAGGCUCCGAUGGCGAUCACAUGGUCGGGGACGGUGCCGCCUCUGACUACCGGCACGACGGCGAUGACGAUGACAUAUAGUUCGCAGCCCCGCCACCGCCGCUGAUUCACUUCACAACCAUCCUCUCUUGUGUAAAAUGCCUUUUGCUGAUAUUUGUCCGCUUUCCCGUCAAGCAAGUGUUUGUAUUUCAUCCCUUAUGUGUAUCUCUCUCUAGGUAUUGAUACAAUUAGGAAGGGUGCCUCUGAUCUAGGGUUAAUCACCAUAUUUGAAAGGAAAGGUUUAGCAGGUCUCUGUAGAAAUCAAUACUGGCAGCUAGAUGACCAUGUAAAUUAUUGUGAAAAUGGCUUCCCCUCUCUUCUUGUUUUCUGUGGUUGUUGUUGCUCAUGUGCAUCUCUAUUUUCUGAGUUUUAGAUUUUUUUUUUUUAUUUUUUUUGGAUUUGGGAAGAGCUUUUCUAAUUCAUGAGAUUGAUUGAUGCU